GAGGAAAAGAAAAAGGGAAGAAAAUGGCUGCUGACAAAGUAGCAUUGGGGCAAAGACCGUAAAAAAACUUGGCAACAGGAACAGUAAAAAAAACAAAGGAGUACUUUACUUUAAGGACAACAAAAGAGGAUAAACAAAUAAGAGGAAACUGUAGUAGACUAAGGGAAACUUGUGAUUCUUCAGAGACUGGUCUAACAAACAAUUGUCGUCAUGGUGAACACUGGCAUGCAGCUGAUCAGCUUCACGUGCGCGGUGACCGGCUGGAUCAUGGCGAUCGCCGUCACGGCCCUGCCUCAGUGGAAGGUCUCGGCCUUCAUCGGCAGCAACAUCCUGACCUCGGAGAUCAAGUGGGAGGGCAUCUGGAUGAACUGCAUCUACCAGACCACGGGCCACAUGCAGUGCAAGACGUACGACUCCAUGCUGGCCCUGCCCCCCGACAUCCAGGCAGCCCGGGCCCUCAUGUGUCUGGCCAUCUUCAUGGGAUGGCUCUCCUGCACCGUGUCCUGCUGCGGCAUGAAGUGCACCACCUGCGCCGGGGACGACCGCAGGGCCAAGGCGGGCAUCGCGCUCGCAGGCGGGGUUCUCUUCAUCCUCACCGGUCUCUGUGUGCUGAUUCCCGUCUCCUGGACCGCCAACACCGUCAUCCAGGAUUUCUACAAUCCCAACGUGCCUCUGAUGCACAAAAGGGAGCUGGGCCAGGCCAUUUAUCUGGGAUGGGCGUCUGCAGUUAUCCUCAUGAUCAGUGGAGCUGUGCUGAGCAGCACCUGCCCCCUUAUGGAGAGGAGCGGCAGGUACCGGAGGGGAUACAUCGGACGAAGCUUCGCUAAUUCACCAGCUUCAGCACCAGAUCCUCCGAAACCCAUCACGUCUAAUAGUGUACCAAUGAAGGAGUAUGUAUAGGUGGGGGAGGAGGGAACAGCAAGUGAAGAGGGAGGAAGUUAGUGUGCUUCUUUCCUAAAUGUCUCUAUAUACACAUUGAAGUACAUAUAUUUAUUAAUAUAUUCAUCCUAUAUUUUGUAUAUCUCUUUGUAAUGUUAAACCUGUCUGAAAUUGUUGAGACCUGACGUUUGUUUACUGCACUGUGAUUUAAAAGUAGUGCCUGAAGAAAGCCUAUUGCCGAAAUUGUCAGUUUAUGACUGUUAUGAUGGCUUUAAUGAGGGCUUGUUUUGUGAAGAUUGCAGUGAUUUCUUAAGCAGGUAUUCUCUCACAAUGUCAUUACCUCUUUAUUUGUCACAUAAAGCCUUGACUGAGUGUGCCUACAUUGAAAGUGUGAAAUAAAAUAAGUUUGUUAAAGCGUGUCUCACUUACAAUCGUUAUUGUUGCUAGUUGUUUGACUAAAACACAUCACAGUCAACAAUGUUGUCAAGUAUGACAU